CCCAGCCCCGGAAGCACAGCCGCGCGAGCUCUCCGAGCCGGCAGAAGCGUCGUUCCCGCAGCCGCCGCCGCCGCCGCCACCGCCGCCGCCACCGCCACCACAUCCACAGUCAUGCCGAAGCACGAGUUCUCCGUGGACAUGACCUGUGAAGGCUGCUCAAAUGCCGUCAGCCGGGUGCUCAACAAGCUGGGAGGAGUUGAGUUUGACAUUGACCUGCCCAACAAGAAGGUUUGCAUCAACUCUGAGCACAGCGUGGGCAUUCUGCUGGAAACCCUGGAGAAAACAGGAAAGGCUGUUUCCUACCUCGGCCCCAAGUAGCAAGGGCCCGGACCCCUGGGCCCAAGAUGGACCAAAGGGAGCAGGGCACUGAUCUCCUGCCUUCCAGACAGACCAGGGGCCUGGCAGUCCUGCUCAGCGAUGGCAGUGACCCUCACUUGCCCUGCUCCUCCCUAGCUUCCCUGCAAUAAAGUUGAGCCGCUCUUGUUGAAGGUGUUGUCUCUUGCAGUGUCUGCAUAUUACUUGCUCACAUGCUCUGAAGGAGUAAUUACAGUGCUUACUAGGGUUGGAGUUCUAAGGGCUCCCCACUGGGAGCA